ACCCUCGGUGAGAUGAAAACUCAACUGGAAAAGGCUUUGGAGUGCGUAGUCGAUAUCUACCACCGGUACUGCAUUCUCGACCCUCAAGAUGACUUUUUACAAUUCAAAGAGUUCAGGAAGCUGAUGAAGGAGCAGGCCCAACCUUUUAUCAAGGACACCAAGCCCUCCAACCUUGAUGAGGAGGCUUACAUCAAACAGCUAUUUCAGCAAGCAGACACGGAUCAAAACAACUGCCUCAAAUUCACAGAGUUCCUGUAUGUGUUUGGGGAAGCACUUAACGACACACACAACCGAUCCCACGACCUAGGUGAGGAUCAUGGCCACAGCCACGGUCCACCAGGACAUAGCCAUGGCCACGGUCCUCAUUCAUCAAGGCAAUGAGUCCAUCCUCGGCUGCAUUGAUUCCGGGCGACA